AUGGAGACGUUUCGAGUUCUUCUGAAUUGCAUUGAUCACUAUCAAGCAACCCCUACUGAGUUCGACCCUCCUGUUCCUUUCAGCAAUGGCAUAUCGAAACGAAACGGCAAACCAAAGGUGCCGGUCAUCCGUGUCUUCGGAGCGACGGAAACUGGUCAAAGAGUUUGCGCUCAUAUCCACGGUGUAUUUCCGUAUCUCUACGUCGAAUAUCGUGGUAGCCUCGGGACGGACGAAGUAAAAAAUGCAAUUCGCGAGUUGCACAGCUCUAUCGAUCAUGCCCUGGCAAACAGCUAUCGCGCGAAUGCAUACGAUGGGAAAGUCGCAUAUGUCGCUCAUAUAUCCCUUGUCAAGGGAAUCCCAUUCUAUGGCUUUCAUGUCGGAUAUCGUUUUUAUUUGAAGAUAUACUUGAUGAACCCACUCAACUCGUCUCGGCUGGCAGAUCUUCUACGGCAAGGUGCCGUAAUGAAGCGCCCACUACAAACUUACGAGAGUCAUAUACAGUAUAUUCCUCAAUGGAUGUGCGAUUACAAUUUGUACGGAUGUGCGUAUAUGGACUGUGAAAAAGUCAAGUUUCGAUCUCCAGUUCCCGAUUAUCUCGAAUUGUCCAACCUGGACCACCGGUGGCAUGACCAGUCAAUACCAAAUGAGAACAUUUCCAGCGAAACGGCUUUACCGAAGCAGAGCUACUGUGCUUUGGAGGUGGAUGUCUGUGUUCAGGACAUAGUUAAUCGACAUAUCAUCAAAGAAAGACCUUUACAUCAUGAUUUCAUUGAGCGCAAAUAUCCAAUAUCCACUGAAGAAAGACUUGUGCACAGUAUGGCAGGCCUCUGGCAGGACGAGAUGAAAAGACGCAGGCGGAAAAUGGGACUCCAGAAUACUGACAGCAGUUCUUUUUUUACUGAGGAGCUCGUUUCCAUGUCAGCAAGCCAGCGGGAUCAAAAAAUGCCGGGCUGGAUACACGAACAAGAGUUCCGUGAAAAAUUACUGAGCAUCGUGAAGGAAGAAGCCAAGGGAAAUACAGAACCCAUAUCAUUCGAUAAUUUCGUGAAGAAAGAAGCUUCUGAAAACGCUGUGCAAUCCGCACUGGAAAGUGUGGAGGAUCUCUAUCCCAAGAAGCUUGAGCCGAGAAUUGCCGAAAUGGACCCUGUACAACCUGAAACAAAUAUGAACGAAGAGGCUAAUGACGAUACGAUUCAGGGUAAUGAAUUUGACGACACAAACGAAUACGAAAACAUCAAUGAAGAUUUACGAACCGAGAAUGCGAAUACUGUCGAUGCGCUUACCGAGGAUUUCCCAAGCAGUGCCUUUCAGACAGAUGACGACUUGGCAGAUUUGCCUACCGACCAAACAGUUGAGAGUGCUGGACCCGGUGAACCAUUUUCUAUGGGAGAAGACAACGCGCAUAGUGAUAUAUACAAAGAUGGCCUGGUCUCAGCGUCGAUAAGCUCCCGUAAGAGAGCAGAAACGGACGACAUUUCCGACACACAUGUGAAGAAACGUCACAAGCGUGUCGAAAUUGAUACCAUCAUUGGAAUGUCCACUUCGAGAGGAAACGACUCCUUUUCUUCAUUUGACAUAGCGGCAGCUCUCGAAGAGGAUGGCAUGAUCAAUGGACGUAUCGGCCCAGAUGAUACCCCCCCGGUUUCCUCACAAGGCGAGUUGGUUUCUUCUCAAAAGACUGCGCAAGACAAGACUGCAAGCCGGAACCAACGCCUUCCUUUCCCAGUUGUGAAAAACCCUAACGAUCCAUACACCUUGUUUAGUUUCAGCCAGAGGAGCGGACCUUCCAAAGAGACCUCGCAACUAUCCCAGGUCACAGAAAACCAAGAGUCGAGCGAUAACCAUACUCUGCAUGAGAAACUGUCUUUAGAACAGCAGUCAAGGAGCAGUGAUGCUAUUGCUAGCCAAAACUCCCAACUCGAGUCACUGGCGGCUAAUAUUUACGAUGCAUUUGAAAUCCCCAAAGAUCGCAGAGUGCUGUGCUAUCGUUACUUGUGUCCAUCACCUAGCGAGAUUACGGCAACCAUUGAUGACGACGGGCGUCCGGCAAUGAUUCAUCAAAAAGCUUACUACAGUAACGAAAUUGAUGUGCCAGAACGAAAGAGAGAGUAUGCAGGACGAGAAUUCCGCCUAAUGAGCGAUACGAUUCGCUUUCUUCCUGAUUUCGAUAGACAAGGCGCGCCUUCUCACUUGUAUACCGAGAGGCCCCCUCUCGUGGACCCCGAACAUCAACGAAAAAGUGAUCAAAGGCUACGUGAGUUGUCAUCGGCUAAAAUAUGGGAGUUUGCACAACUACCCCCAACUCGUAGUGAGGUCAUUGAAUGGCUUGAAAAUGAAAGACAAUCCCAACAGAAGAACAUUUGCAACCUGAUGCCACGGAGAAUACCCACGAAACCCAAUCUAUUGUCUCAGAUUGAAGGUGCGACUCAAAAAGAUCCUCAUGGAUUUAAAUAUUCUCAAAACCGAGCAACAACAAGUGUGAAACAUCGAAUUCAGUACAUGAGUGUUAUGAGCUUGGAAAUACACGUCAAUACCCGUGAUAAUCUUGCGCCGGACCCAGAAGAGGAUGAGAUAUCCUGUAUUUUCUGGAGCCUUCAGUCAGAUGACGAUGAUUUGGCCGCCGAUAACAAUAUCGACGGCAGGCGUAUGGGAAUAAUCCACCAACCAGGCCAUGUGUUGGAGCCACUGACUAAGUCUUUGAAUAUCGAGGUGCAGUCCGAAGUCUCAGAGUUGGAUUUAAUGACUCAUCUUGUCGACAUCGUGCGGUCGUUUGACCCAGAUAUUCUCACCGGCUACGAGGUACACAAUAGCUCAUGGGGCUAUAUUCUAGAGCGAGCGCGACUGAAAUACGAAUAUGAUUUAUGUGACGAAUUAUCGCGUGUUAAAAGCCAAUCGCAUGGUAGAUUUGGCAAGGAAAAUGAUCGAUGGGGAUUCCACAACACAUCCUUUGUGCAGGUGACAGGACGACAUAUGAUUAAUAUUUGGCGGGCAAUGAAGGGUGAACUUACUUUGCUGGGGUACACAAUGGAAAACGUUGUGUAUCAUCUGCUUCGCAGACGGAUUCCGCAUUAUCCAUUCAAAGAUCUGACCAGAUGGUACACUGGAAGCAAGCCGCGGGAGGUGAUGAAAGUAAUUGAUUACUUUCUUUCCCGUACACAGAUGGACUUGGAGAUUCUUGACGCCAACGAGUUGAUUUCCCGCACAAGUGAGCAGGCACGUCUGCUUGGAACUGAUUUUUUCUCGGUUUCUAGUCGUGGUUCGCAGUUCAAAGUCGAGUCACUGAUGUUCCGAAUUGCGAAACCGGAAAAUUUCAUACUUAUAUCCCCAAGCAAAAGACAGGUUGCGCAGCAGAAUGCUCUCGAGUGUCUCCCGUUGGUGAUGGAACCUCAAAGCGAUUUCUACCCGAGUCCCUUGCUGGUAUUGGACUUUCAAUCACUUUACCCGAGUAUCAUGAUAGCAUACAACUACUGCUAUUCGACCUUUUUGGGUAGACUUGUGAGUUGGCGCGGACGUAAUAAAAUGGGAGUCAUCGACUAUGAGCGAGAGUGUCGAUUGCUCGAACUAUUACAGGACGAUAUCAAUAUUGCCCCCAACGGGAUGAUGUAUGUCAAACCGAAAAUACGCAGGUCCUUGAUGGCUCGAAUGUUGAGCGAAAUCCUCGAAACUCGGGUCAUGGUUAAGGGCGGUAUGAAGGUUGACAAGGACGACAAGAACCUGCAGCGGCUGCUCAAUCAUAGGCAGCUGGCACUCAAAUUGAUAGCCAACGUCACGUACGGCUAUACGUCAGCGUCUUUUUCGGGCCGAAUGCCUUGUUCUGAGAUUGCUGAUAGUAUCGUUCAGACGGCGCGUGAGACCUUGGAAAGGGCGAUUGCUCUGAUCCACUCUGUUGAAAGAUGGAAUGCCGAGGUAGUUUAUGGUGAUACGGACAGUUUGUUCGUCCAUCUCAAAGGCCGAACUCGCGACCAGGCAUUCACCAUCGGCGAAGAAAUCUCUAAAGCAGUGACAAAGAUGAACCCACGACCCAUCAAACUCAAAUUUGAAAAGGUUUACCAUCCGUGCGUGCUUAUUGCAAAGAAGCGGUAUGUUGGAUACAAAUACGAACAUCGAGAUCAAGUCGAACCCGAGUUUGAUGCCAAGGGAAUCGAGACUGUGCGACGCGAUGGCACCCCAGCCGAACAAAAAAUCGAGGAAAAGGCGCUCAAAGUUCUGUUUCAAACUGCAGAUCUUAGCCAGGUCAAAAGUUAUUUCCAGAAACAGUGCUCAAAAAUCAUGCAAGGCAGAGUCUCGAUUCAGGAUUUUUGCUUUGCUCGUGAAGUCAGACUAGGCACGUAUAGCGAAAAAGGUACGAUGACUGCCGGGGCUUUGGUCAGCACCAGAAAGAUGAUGGAGGAUCAUCGCCAAGAGCCUCAAUAUGGGGAACGAGUCCCCUAUGUUGUUGUCAGCGGCGCUCCGGGCGCGAGGCUGAUCGAUCGUUGUGUUGCUCCAGAGGUAUUGCUGAAUAACAGCCAUCUCGAGCUGGACGCCGAAUACUACAUCACCAAAAACUUGAUUCCUCCUCUGGAAAGGAUCUUCAACCUUGUUGGCGCAAACGUCCGCCAGUGGUACGACGAGAUGCCCAAAAUCCAACGCAUUCGCCGCAUCGAAGGCGCCUUCACAGGACUGGGGAGAGAUAACGGAACAUCAAAGAAAACGCUGGAAUCGUACAUGAAGUCAUCCUCGUGUAUCCUCUGCAAGGAUAAAAUCCAGAACGCCAGCCCCCCUCUCUGCGCCGCUUGUGCCAGUCAACCGCACGUUUCUCUUUUCAAAUUGACGUCUCGACUGCAGCAGGCUGAACGCCGCACGACCAACCUGCAAAAAAUCUGCCGUUCUUGUAUGGGCGCUUCGUUUGGGGAAGAGGUCACCUGCGAUAGCAAAGAGUGUCCGGUGUUUUACUCGAGGACGCGAGAGGUGUCUAAACUGAAAAACUCAAAUGCGGUCCUCGGCCCUGUGAUAGAGUAUUUGGAGCGAGAAAGCGAACGCGGUUUGGAGUGGUAG